AUGGAAGUUCCAAUACAAGCAGCUCGUAGAAAUGAUGAUACAUUUAUUCUUAAAUUUCGACCAACUAUUGCAGGAGAUUAUUCAAUUAUAUUAAAAGAUUAUAUUGAACAACCAAUUCCAGGUUGUCCAUUUAUAUUUCCUGUCUAUAAUCCAAAUGUUGUUCAUAUCGAAUCAUUUAAUCGUUUACAAACAAUAAAUGAUUGUCAUUUGAUUUGUAAUGUUGAUCAAGCUGGACCAGGAAAACUUUUCGUUAUGGUUUAUUCUCAAAUUGAUGAAAAUCAAUUUGAACCAACAUUAAUUCCAAUACAAAUUCAUCCUCUUCCAUCAAAUCAUAUACGUAUUUCAUUAUUUCCAUUAAAAGUUGGAAUCUAUCGAAUUUAUAUUGCCUAUCGAAAUAUACCAAUUAAUGGUAAGUAA